GUGUACCUCUGUUAUGUGUGCCAUGGACUCAGCCCAGUAAUAUUGACAAUAGGGUGAAAAGAUAUAGCCCCAAAUUAAACACUGUCUAAAGAUAAAUAACAAAAACACAGGGGUGCGAAGUAAGCAAAAUAUUGAAUCAAUAUCUAAGGAAUGUGAUUGAUUCAGUUUAAUCGUUUUAUACAUCCGUAUUUUGUUAUUAAUGGAAGUCGGAGGAUUAUUUCGUUAGAAGGUAAAAGGUACUCGUGGGUUUGGCUCUGAAAAAGGCCAAGAUAGCCUUUUCUGCUGUUAUUGCCGCUGCUAGGAAAGGCUAUUUGCAAAGGACUGGGAGCAGCCGAGUUUAUAUUUUAUCUAAUACAGGAUAACUCCUUGCCACCGUCUUCGUUCUGAAUCACAGAGGAUCAAGCAGGGCUAUGUCCUCGGCAGCCACCACUCCUCCUUCUGUGGACAAAGUGGACGGAUUUUCACGGAAGUCUGUCAGGAAGGCCAAGCAGAAGCGGUCACAGAGUUCGUCCCAAUUCCGGUCUCAGGGCAAACCCAUAGAGCUCACGCCGCUGCCCCUUCUGAAGGACGUGCCGGCGCUGGAGCAGCCGGAGCUGUUCCUGAAGAAGCUGCAGCAGUGCUGUACUGUGUUUGACUUCAUGGACACGCUGUCCGACCUGAAGAUGAAGGAGUACAAGCGCUCCACCCUCAACGAGCUGGUGGACUACGUGACCGUGAGCAGGGGCUACCUGACGGAACAGGCCUACCCGGAGGUCGUCAAAAUGGUCUCUUACAACAUAUUCCGGACCCUUCCACCCAGCGACAGUAAUGAGUUUGACCCUGAGGAGGAUGAACCCACACUCGAGGCCUCAUGGCCACACUUACAGCUGGUGUAUGAGUUCUUCAUACGAUUCUUGGAGAGUCAGGAAUUCCAACCCAGCAUUGCCAAAAAGUACAUAGACCAGAAAUUUGUCCUACAGCUCUUGGAGCUCUUCGACAGCGAGGACCCUCGGGAGAGAGACUAUCUGAAAACAGUCUUACACAGAAUCUACGGGAAAUUCCUGGGGCUGAGGGCUUUUAUACGAAAACAGAUAAAUAAUAUUUUUCUACGUUUUGUUUAUGAGACAGAGCACUUCAACGGGGUUGCUGAGUUGCUGGAGAUCUUGGGGAGCAUAAUCAACGGUUUCGCUCUGCCCCUGAAAGCGGAGCAUAAACAGUUUCUGGUCAAAGUGUUGAUCCCGCUCCACACUGUGAGGAGCCUGUCCCUGUUCCAUGCACAGUUGGCGUAUUGCAUUGUACAGUUCCUAGAGAAAGACCCAGCAUUAACAGAACCGGUCAUCCGAGGCUUGCUGAAGUUCUGGCCCAAAACCUGCAGUCAAAAAGAAGUGAUGUACCUCGGAGAGCUGGAGGAGAUCCUGGACGUGAUCGAGCCCACACAGUUCAUCAAGAUCCAGGAGCCGCUUUUCAAACAGAUCUCCAGAUGCGUGUCCAGCCCGCACUUCCAGGUGGCAGAGAGGGCUCUGUACUACUGGAACAAUGAGUACAUCAUGAGUCUGAUCGAGGAGAACUCCAGUGUCAUCCUGCCCAUCAUGUUCGCCAGCCUCUACAGGAUCUCCAAAGAGCACUGGAAUCCGGCAAUAGUGGCGUUGGUUUACAAUGUACUAAAAGCUUUCAUGGAGAUGAACAGUACCUUGUUUGAUGAACUCACAGCUACCUACAAGUCAGACCGCCAGCGUGAGAAGAAGAAGGAGAAGGAGAGGGAGGAGCUAUGGAAGAAACUGGAGGACCUGGAGUUGAAGAGGGGCCUUAGGAGCGACGGGAUCAUUCCCACUUAACGAAGCGCCACGCCUCCCAUCCAUGUCCCUACCAGAGCAGCGUGGAUCCACACAGGCAUCUGGAACCGCAUGGAGCGUCAUCGUGGAUUUUGUUGUUUUUUUUUGACAGUUUUUUUUUUUUUUUUUUUUUUUCUGUAUUGUGCGACUUACUUUACGGUAGAUUCACACGUCUGUUUCAUUAUUUCAACAGCACUGUAAAUAACUUUUUUUUCUUUUUCCCUUAAACUGAUAUUACUGCGAAAGAAAAAUAAAAAAGGAAGAAAAAAAAUAGAAAACGAGAAUGAAAACUUGUGUGGGAGGGGGGGGGGAGACUUUGGACAGUAGGACAUGAAAUGAACUCUCCUUGAAAAAAAAAAAAAAAAAAAUCUACAGAAAAUGAAAAGAUAGAUUGUUUUAUCUUCCUCCCAUCUCCACUCUUCCUGAACACAAACCAAUGACCACCUCUGGUUGUUCUCCCUGCUCCCUCCUCUCCUUCGAUCCCUGUCUACCUAUGGUGUUUGGGACGUCCUGACUGAGAGGUAUGCGUGGCCCCUUCCAGCCCCUGCAGAGGCCAACCCUGACCAGGAAGAAGCCACACCCUGUCUCCCGGACCACCCUCCAACCCCUCCUGCCUCUCCAUGCUGAAGCUAAGCUAGUUGUAAUGGACCCCGAUAGCCACGAGGAUAUUGAUUAAACCCCACGUCUCAACCCCUCCUUCAAGAGACAGUAAUGUUUGGGGCCUGUUUGUACAGGGAGUAGAGAGAACAGAGAGAGAACGGGAUUGAGAAGGUCUUUAAAGAAGCACGCCCCCACACCUAACCCAGCCUCCCUCACCCUCACAUCAUUCUCGGCACCCCUCGGCCUCCCCUCACAUUAAGCUCACUUCUCUGUCUGCAUCCAGCUCCCCAAAAAGAUUGAUUGGUUUCUGUAAGGUCAAUUCUAUCUCUUUGUUUUUUUGUGGACUUUGCCCCCCCUACAGUACCAGGCAGCCUGGUAUCAGUCUGGCACUGGUACCGUCCAGCCACACAGAAAAGACAAGCUAACGUAUAAGAGUGUUGUGAGACGGCCGCGUCAUUCUCGCGCCCGCUCCUCACAGUAUUACAAACCUGUAUAUUGUUAUUGAAUGCAGUACACUGAUAUCUUGUAUCUUGUAGUAAUUUAGCCUAUAUUUUUGCUUAGGAACAGUCGAGGAGUAUCCAGUAUAACAAGAGGUAUUAUGGAACAAGACUUCCUGGUAUUUAUGAUAGUGUUUUCCCCUUGUUUUCACUCUUGUUUUUUGUUUCCCCUCUUGGUUUUAAUCUCUCUCGUUUUGGAUAUUUUGAUUAAGUUUCUUUGACCAUCAGAUCUUUUUUUGGGGAGUUGGGGAGGGAGGGAACGGGAGGGCGGGGCAGAGAAGGCAGGCAUGGAGAGGUUGAUAUUCUGUUCAAAUUAACAGUAAAUUCAGCAUUGUUGACCCUCUUACAGAAUUAAUGUGUGCUUCAGGGUGGCCCAGAUAUAAUAUGAUUAAAAGAAAAAAAAGGGUUGGAGAAAUACAAAUGUUUAAUUAUUUUAAAAAAUAAAGAGAUAUUAAAUUAAACCUGUUUUGUGAUAAAGCCCA